CCAACUACAUCGACGGCUUUAGAUCUCAAAGUAUUGCCACAAUCAAUAUGGAAAUAUCGGCUGGUCGACUUUGGUCAGUGGAGGUAUUGUGGCACCGACGUUGACGACGACCACUAUGAUUGGUCAACUCCCAUGUCCGCCGUACAUCAAAUUUCUGCCCAGCAUCAAGCUCAGCUUUAUAAUCGACCUCGAAUGAAAUCAGAAGGACAAAGUCAAUUUCAAUCUCAAGUCGAGCUUUUGGAAGAUAUACUUGAAGAGUCACAAAUCAAAGAGCUUCUACAAUUGUUCGAUGAGAGCUUUUCACCAUGGUUAGGCUUCUCACUUAUUCAUUCCGACUCGUUCCCGUUGCUCGACCUCGUGUGCUGUACCAUCUCCUCAAGAAAACUACCAUCAUUAUCAUCCGUUCCCUUCGUCGUUGACCGUCUUAUUUGUGCCACUGAACGUGCUGUUUCUCAGAUUGUUCUUCGCCCGCCUGCGGAAUAUGUGCGAGAAUGUAUCCAAGCUUUGAUUCUGAUCGCUCUAUGGGAACCAUUAUCGGAUUCAAAUGAACCAGAGGAAGGAUGGAGAGAUCCACACCUGCUCUUGAGCUGUGCGCUCAGUUUGGCGACCAAAAUCAGACUAAAUGAAGCUCCCGAAAAGUUUUCGACGUUGAAGAUAAUGAGAGAACAGGGCUUAGAGGUCGAUCCUUUACAGUUGGCUAGUGCUGCGGAUCUUGCUAGGCUUUGGGUCUCUCUUACAAAUGCUGAAUUGCUGACACCAUUUUCUGAAAGGCAGAAGACAUACCUCAAAUGUUUUCCCCGUAGUCCAAGUCACUUUAGCCCGUCUACCUUAGCUGACAAUACCGAAGCUAUGGAUGUUCGACUCCGACUUCUUGCAGAAACCCUUAGCGCGACUGAGGAGGGCCUUUCCGUGCGGUUGAACGCGAUGGAAGAAUUCGAAUCAUGGCACCACGCAAUGACAGGCGCAUUUCAAAGAAUCGAUAAUUGUACGAGAAUUUUGUUGCCUUUGAGAGUUAUGUUUGGCUUGGACCAUACGCUGUUCUAUCGCGUGCAAGCUAUCGUAACACGAUGCUGCCGCCUUCUCGUCAUCCACAAUCCCGUCAAUGCUGCACGUAGACUUUCAAUUUACUACGGUCAUGGAGCUCUGGAGUCCAGAUCUUAUUCAAAUAUCUUCGCAGAGGAGCUUCUCGAAAGGAUCGAUCGUGACGAAAGUUAUGUCCAAUUUCUUGCUUCUACACCAGACUACUUCUUCCAUUUGAUCCAACUUGCUGGUGUUUUCCUCAUUUCCUUCAAAUUCAUGGUGUUCAAUGCUCGGAGAUGUGUGUUACCUGGGUCAAGCGACUUGUUGCUCGAGAGCAUCAUCCAACGCUUGAAGUUGCUACAGGUGCCCAGAAAGCAUCCCGCAUUAACAUGUGCUGACCUACUCAGAGGUCUGUUGGAGUUGUGGAUGCAUAGGGAGGAGCUGUUGCCUUCAGUGCAGUCGCAGCCGCAGCAACACCAGCAGAUCCCUGCAAGAUCGAAUAGAGUUGACAGCCUUGUUCAAGGCCAACUCAGGCAUACGGUCGAGGGGCAUGGUCGAGAACAACUAGGGGAUAAGGAGCCCGAGGUCACAAGCGUAAAUGAACCCCCCAACGCUACCGCGAUCGCCGCUUCGCCGACAGAGUACCUGUCUGCCUCAUCCAUCAGUGCGAGGGAAAUUCGCCAACUCUCUCAGAACGUCAUGAUGCAAACAGAUUUGGAUCUCAGUUCGAUGUGUUCGUCAAUGCCCAAUGCCAUCACUGUGGGAAUGAUCGAUAACCCUCAAGUCGGCGACGAGUUUUCCGAUAUCUUUCAAGACGUUCAAUUUUGGCAAAAUUUAUCUAUGCAUCAACCGAUGUCGGGACAAUAACAAUAACAUAGUAUGCCCCAAUUUCAUUAAUUGCGCUUCGAGUGCUUGUUGGAUCCUGAGCACUCUCCUCGUGUAGAUCGCGUUUGACCUGAAUAUAGAUAGUCUAGUCGUUGUAUGUAGGUGAGUUUU